GCAUAGAGAGAUUCAGAUCUGAUAACUUAAAAAGGGGACUAUAAAAACAUACUUCGCCGACGUUUUAGUUUCAAUCUCUCCUCCUCUUACACGUCUCUCUCUCCCGGAGUUGUGACAAUGACGAAAAUGCCCUUCACCGUCAUCGUCUUCUUCCUCCUCUUCACCGCCGCGGUGGUUCCACCUUCAAUGGCGGAGAUCAAAUCCCUCGUCAUCUCCGACGACGCACGCCCAAUGAUCCUCUUCGAGAAAUUCGGAUUCACACACACAGGCCACGUAACCGUCUCAAUCUCAUCCGUCUCCGUCGUCUCCACCUCCUCAGAUCCGAAUCCAGAACCUUCGCGUCUCGGAUUCUUCCUCCUCUCCGAAGAAUCUCUCCUCCAGGUCCUCCUCGAGAUCCAACAGAACCCUAGAUUCUGCGUUCUCGAUUCGCACUACGUCACUCAUCUCUUCACCUUCAGAGAUCUAUCACCACCACCGAACUCCAGAUUCAACCAAUCGUACCCAGUCACUUCCCCAAACGAGUACUCUCUCUUCUUCGCGAAUUGCGUCCCCGAAACCAAAGUCUCCAUGGCGGUUCGUACUGAGAUGUAUAACAAAGAUCCCAACGGAUCUAAAGACUACUUACCAGCUGGAUCUACUCAAUUGCCUACUCUCUACUCCUUCUUCUUCCUCUGUUACGUUGCUUUCCUCGGUUUCUGGAGCUACACUUGUUACACGAACAAGCUCACCGUUCAUCGGAUCCAUCUCCUUAUGGGAGGUUUGCUUUUAAUCAAAUCGUUGAAUCUGAUCUGUGCAGCUGAAGAUAAACAUUACGUGAAGAUCACAGGAACGCCUCAUGGAUGGGAUAUACUCUUUUACAUUUUCCAGUUCAUACGUGUUGUGCUUCUCUUCACCGUGAUCAUCUUGAUCGGAACUGGAUGGUCGUUUUUGAAACCUUUCUUGCAGGAGAAAGAGAAGAAUGUUUUGAUCAUUGUGAUACCUCUUCAGGUAUUAGCCAACAUUGCUUCGAUUGUGAUUGGUGAAACUGGACCUUUUAUUAAAGAUUGGGUUACUUGGAACCAAGUUUUUUUGCUUGUUGAUAUCAUCUGUUGCUGUGCGAUCAUCUUCCCUAUCGUUUGGUCGAUUCGGUCAUUGAGGGAGACUUCGAAAACUGAUGGGAAAGCUGCGAGGAACUUGUCGAAGCUUACGUUGUUUAGACAGUUUUACAUUGUUGUCAUUGGGUAUCUUUACUUCACGAGGAUUGUGGUGUUUGCGCUUAAAACGAUUGCUGCUUAUAAGUAUCAGUGGGUGAGUUUUGCAGCGGAGGAGAUUGUGAGUUUGGUGUUCUAUGUGAUCAUGUUUCAUAUGUUUAGGCCUGAGGAGAAGAAUGAGUACUUUGCUGUUGAUGAUGAUGAAGAAGAAGCUGCUGCUUUGGCCCUUAGGGAUGAAGAGUUUGAGCUUUAGAAAAAGGAUGGAGGAUUCUUCUUCUUGGUAAGUCGUCAAAGAUUUAUUCUUUUUUUUCCCUCACUAUGUCUAUGUUAAAAUGUCGUCUAAUACUUCAACUGUCAUUGUUCCCUUUUUUUGUUAAUUUUUGUUCUUCCUUACAUUUAAAUUGUCUUUGUUAUCACACUUCUUCGUAUGGCUUUACAUCAAUGCGGAUCCUUGGGGCUGUAGCAAAUUAUACUAUCAUCAUUUUCAAAAUUAUGUAUCAGUGUGUUGUUGUUAACAAUUUACAGUUUCAACAUUUUUGCUUAUUCCA